CCUGCUUCCCACCCACCACCAGCAAGCACAGCCGCCCGGCAUCCAGCAAGCAUGGCGCCGUCCAGCGCCCGCGUGCUCUACUGGUUCCGCACCGAUCUGCGCCUGCACGACUCGCCCGCGCUGCUCAAGGCCCUCGAGCUCAAGCCCGCCGCCUUCUUUCCCCUGUGGUGCUGGGACCCGUCCUACAUCUACGGCCAUCGCGUGGGCGUGAACCGGCUGCGCUUCCUGCUCGAGUCCCUGGCCUGCGUCUCGGCCUCCAUCACCGCCCUCAACGCGCGCUCCCAGCUCCUCGUCGUGCGCGGCAACCCGGCGGAGCUGCUGCCGGAGCUGCUGCGGCGCUGGCAGAUCACGCACCUCGUCUUUGAGAAGGACGACAAUGGCUAUGCGCGCACGCGAGAUGCAGCUGUGCGAGAGAUUGCCAAGGACGCAGGCGUCGAGCUGGUGGACGUGGAUGGCCACCAGCUGUACCCCGUCUCCGAGGUGCUCAAGCGCGCGGGCGGCAAGGCGCCGAUGACGAUGCAGUCGCUGCAAAAAGCGAUUGCGCCGCUUGGCGAGCCAGCACGCCCGCUCGACGCGCCCGGGGCACUCCCAGAUGCCAUCGUGCCCGGAGCCAAGGGCGCAGCAAAGGAUCGCAAGGCGCUUCUCACUGCGCUGCGCGACACGCUGGACGGCAUGCCGCACUACAGUGCCAAGGGUCCGCCGGACGUCGACCUCAACGGCCCCAAGCAGGGCGGGCAGCGCGUCAAGGGCGAGAAGGUCACGGUGUACGAUAGCCUCGUCGGGCCAGACGAGGAUGUGGAGAAUCUGUUCGGCGUGCCUACGCUCGAGUCGAUGGGCAUGGAUCCCGAGGCCUCCGGCGCCACAAAGACGGCCGUCGUGCCCGGCGGCGAGAAGGCGGCCCUGAAGCGUCUGGCCUUCCGCUGCAAGGAUCCGGCGUACUUUGCGACGUUCAGCAAGCCCAAGUCGUCUCCCGCACUCGACACGUCGGAGGCCAGCACGGCGCUCCUGAGCCCUUACCUCAAGUUCGGCGCCAUCAGCUGUCGCAGAGUCUGGUGGGACGCCCACGAUGCGGCACGGAAGUACAAGGGCAAGCACACGCCGAUCCCGGAGAACUUCAAGGGCCAGCAGCUGUUCAACCUCAUGUACUCCGUCGUCGAGAGCGCGACGGGCGAUGCAUACCAGCACGUGCGCGGCAACGAGAUCUCGCGAUACAUGGAUUGGUACCUACCGACAGCCUACGACAAGGACGGGCAGGUGAUUCUGCCACGGCCGCGCGGAGACGAGGUCAGCGAGGAGCGCUACGAGGCCUUCGUGCAGGGCCGCACUGGCUUCCCCUGGAUCGACGCGCUGUCGAGACAGCUGCGAUCCACCGGCUGGAUUCACCAUUUGGGCAGGCAUUCGCUGGCUUGCUUCUUGACGCGCGGACAGUGCUGGAUCAGCUGGGAGCGAGGUGCCGAGUUCUUCGAGGAGCUGCUGCUCGACUGGGACCCGUCCGCCAACGCGGGCAACUGGAUGUGGCUCUCCUGCAGUGCCUUCUUCCACCAGUACAUGCGCGUCUACGGCCUCGCCACAUUCGGGCAGAAGUACGACAAGACCGGCGCUCUCAUCCGUCAAUACUGCCCCGAGCUGGCCAAGUUUGACGACAAGUACAUCUACUCGCCGCAUCUGGCGCCGAUGGAGGCGCAGAAGAAGGCAGGCUGCAUCAUCGGGCAGGACUACCCUGCGCCGAUCCUGGACGAGAAGGAGGAGAAGAGCAACUGCAUUGCUCGCUGCAAGGCCGCCUUCACUGCCAAGCUGCACGGAGCGGACAAGGAGGUGCUGGCGGGCAAGGCGGAGGCGAGGCUGCGCAAGGCGCACGGCAUUCCCGAUCCGAAGCCUUCCACGGCUCCCAAGAGCGCAGCGAGCAAAGUACCGGCGUGGGCCAAAGCGAAGGCCGAGAAGGAAGAGCCAGCCUCGACGAAGAAAGAGGAAGAGGAGCACCUGCACGAAGCAGCAGGCGGAGAGAGCGCCACGGCCGACAAGCAGCCUGCUCGCCCAAAGCGCAAGGCUCCGGCAGCCUCUGCGAGCGGCAGCAAAGGCAAGCGCGCCAAGAGCGAGAAGUGACGUGGCGAAGGGGUGUCAGGGGCAGCAUGAGUGUGUAAUUAUACAGGAUGGAGGUCUCGCCUAGCGCUCGUCUGUUGUCCGCACGCUGCGGUCGGCGAGAUGCAGCGGGUAGGCGCGCGGCAGAGGCGACGAGACGCCGGCACGCCGAGCGCGGAAAUGCACCAGCAGCAGCCCG